AUGUCUAAACAAUUCCAGUUCAUACUUGCUGCAAAUGAUGCAAAAUCAAAGAAGGAAAAUGCUCGUGUAAUCAGGAUGGCCGCCAUGAGAACAUUCCGAAGGAACCAAAGAUUUAGUCUUGUCAACGAGUACACGGCCGAUAGACAUAAGAAGCAUGGUUGUGUUUGUUCUCAGAGUCCAGGAUCCAGCAAUCAAACAGGAGAGGAUUCCUCGGACAUUUCACUCAAUAGUGAAGCCGAUUGGUCUUUGGGGUUUCGAUGGCGAGCCACCCUAGUCGACAUUGGACCCAUCGUCGCUUUCGAUCCCUUUGUGUCUACUACAUUACAAUCGACCCAUGAGUACAUCGAACUCUUUACCCGCUUCGUCUAUACGACCUCGGUCGUUAUUCAGCCGCUUGGAAAAGAUGUCACCAAAAAUCCUUUCAGUGUCAUCUUCGCACGCAAUGCCCUUGCUGAUCCUUUGAUCCUUACUGCGAUCUUGUAUCAUACCAGCGUACAUUACGACAGACACAGUUCUGCCACUCUCAUUUACUAUAAUGAGACAGUACGUCAACUUGCGCAGCGGCUGGGAAACUCAGACCAGAUCGCCGAUGACAGCACCAUUGCCGCUGCUGGGUUGCUGGCAGCUACUGGAAAUAUAACCGGGGACUUUCGGGACACACUUGUUCACUGGGAAGCACUUCAAAGGAUGGUCAGGAUAAGAGGCGGUCUGCAGGCUCUUGGUUGGGAUGGUGCUCUAGCGAUGAUUCUUUCCGUCGACUUAAUCUCCUCUACCAUUACACUGUCUAUUCCUCGGUUGGAAAGACCUGUCCAGCAUUUGUCGAAUACUGACCCAUUCCUUCUAUCGUUUUCCAAACGAUCAUACUUCAUUGACUACACCGAUAUGACUACAACGCUAGAUUACCUUGUCCGGUCAAUCUCUGAGCUCGUAUUUCGGUAUCUGGAAUCCAAAGGUUCCUUGACUAGUUCGACAACUUCCAUCAUCUGCUUCACACAGAUCUUGUCCACUAUCGAACAUUGCCUACUUUCCAUCCAACUACCAUCGUCAAAUGAUCCAUCACCAGACGUCAUUAGUAUCCGAAUUAUUCAGGUGGCCAGAAUUGCCGCCUUGAUCUCUACGUCGUAUUAUUUUCGAGCUUUUACACAGGAAGCAGCGUUCACUGUAAGCCUAUACAAGAAGUUUCUAGAGAUUGUGCGAGAUAUUGAACCCAUCUGCCCAACAGUCCGUAAUGCAUUACUACUAAAAUUACAUUUGUGGUCCAUUUUGGUCGGUUGCAUAACAUCCAGGAACAAAGAACUAUUAGAGUCUCAAGUACAGCAUUACAUGGGUUUACUAAACCUAGCGGAUUGGAAGGACUUGGAGACCUUCUUAGAAGGUUACAUUGUUGCGCCGGAAUAUGACGCAUCACAAUGA